UUAACACCCUGUUAAAUAUCAAGUCUUUACCUGCGUCAUUGCAUGAACUGUCAAUCAUGAUUAAGACCACUCCCCUUUCUAAGGUAUAUAAGUGACUCUCUUUUCCCUCCAAACCAAACCAAACCAGGCAGUACAAAGAUUACUGAUUGACAGUCAUCAGCUUGUUCUUCUCCUCUGUGUCAGCCAAUCACCACCUCAGCAAAGAUGACAUCAGUCUUUCCAUUAGCUUUGUUGCUCUGUUUGUCCAGCGGACUGUUGACUGCAUAUGGUGCACCUUGCUGCCCUUCUGGUUGGACUCAGUUAGACUCUCGCUGUUUCGCUUUCUACAUCCAGACAAAGACCUGGUCUGAUGCAGAGACCUUCUGCAUCGCUGCUGGUGGGAAUCUGGCUUCCAUCCACUCAGAUGCGGAACAUGGAUUCCUCAAAGACUUCAUUAACCAAGCGACCGGUGCACAGACAACUGCCUGGAUCGGAGGCACCGACGCAGUGAAGGAGGGUACGUGGUUCUGGUCUGAUGGAUCCAACUUAGACUACACAAGCUGGAAUGGGGGGGAGCCUAACAACCUCGGAGAGGAGAACUGUCUUGAGAUGAACUGGGGUGGAGAAAACUGGAACGACGCAGGUUGUAUCUACCAGGCUUCUUUCGUGUGCUCCAAGAGCACAUUCUUCAAUGCAGGGCAGCCUGACAACGCCAGUGGAGCCGAUAACUGUCUUGAGAUGAAAUUUGAAGCAAACUGGAACAACUGGGCUUGUGCCAACUAG